AUGGCUUCUCGUUUCCGAUCAUUCUCACAACCAGCGUUCUCCCCAAUCAAAUCCACCAUCGCAAAACCCAAAUCCUCCUCACCGUUUCUCCUCAGAACUCGCUCUCCCGUCACCGUCCGGUCCAUCGCGGAGCUUGGUUGCGUGCAGAUAUUACUGCAGAACAGGUUCUACGGCUCAAGAGAGAUGUUUCAGGCUUGCAAGUUGUGA